UGAUCGACCAUUCAAAUUUUGAAAAAUUUAAGUCGGAAGAAAUACCUGAUCUUCUCGAUAUUUGCUGACUUUCCAGAUAUCUACAGAACUGUUGGAUGAAGAAUGAACAUCAGGAUCUGGAUGCUUGGUUUACUGGUGUGCAGUCAAUUAUUGGCAACAGGCUUAUUUCUAAAGGGAUAUUUUCCACUGAAAAAAUCUGUUGAAGGAUAUGCAGACAUUUCAAAAACUCCACCCUUCCCUGGUACGAGUAAUACUGAACCACUGGAACCUAUAUUUGGUCGGUUGGUUAUAAUUCUUAUUGAUGCAUUGAGAUGGGAUUUUGUGCUUGGAGAGGAAGGUAAUAUUGGAAUGCCUAACACGAGAGGGGUGAUUGAUAAGAGGAGCUCCAUUAGUCUCUUGGCAACUGCAGAUUCACCUACUGUCACUAUGCCAAGAAUAAAGGCUCUGAUGACAGGUGGGGUGCCAGGAUUUGUCGAUGUGGUCCUGAACUUUGAUUCUACUGCAUUGUUGGAGGAUAAUUUACUUCAUCAAUUCAUGACUAGUGAGAGAAAGAUUGUAUUUUAUGGAGAUGAUACAUGGAUCAGGCUGUUUCCUGAACACUUUCUCCGUGAAGAAGGGACCACGUCAUUCUUUGUAGCAGACUAUACAGAGGUUGAUGUGAAUGUGACACGUCACAUUGAUCAAGAGAUGCUGUCUGAUGAUUGGGAUGUUAUGAUUCUUCAUUACCUAGGGUUAGACCAUAUUGGUCACCUGGCAGGGUCUACUAGCCCCCUACUAGGACCCAAGCUAAAAGAAAUGGACCAUGUUGUCCAGAAAAUACACAGAGCCCUCAUAGAGAAAGUGUACUAUUUUCUGCAGGAUAAGCAUUCAGCCAAGCCCAGUCUCCUACUGCUAUGCGGGGACCAUGGUAUGAGUGAACAAGGGAGUCAUGGGGGAGCAACUCCAGCUGAGACAACAACUCCAUUGAUCUUUCUGUCAUCACUAUUCAACAAUGGGAAAGGUCAAACAUUUUCAAAGGAAUGUGUGCGUCAAAUAGAUCUGGUCCCUACCCUGUCAUUACUGCUAGGUGUCCCUGUCCCUCAGAACAAUCUAGGCGUGGCCAUCCCCCAGGCACUAUCAUACCAUUCCCCAGGAGACAGACUUCGGGCCAUGCAACUUAAUGCUGACCAAGUUUUAAGUUUACUAAAACAGAAUGUGCAAGAUUAUCAAAGAGAGGAAGGGGUGCUAUUACACAGCAGAGCCACACAGCUACAUGCAAGAUGGCUAGCUCUGUAUGACACAGGCACAGUAUCAAAUACAACACUACACCAGCUAGCCAAUACAACUAUGGACAUGUACCAAAGUGCAACAAAAUCUGCAAGAGAUAAGAUAUCAUCCACACUCACCACUUAUGAUACACAUGCACUAGUAGUUGCCAUAUUUAUUCUUUAUUUGGUGUUUCUUGUUGAAGUUGACUUUUUCUGGAGACCCCUCAGAACAAGAAGUAUCAACCUGUUCUUUUUCAUGGGAUCCUGCAUUACUUUAGCCUCCAUACAAACCAUAUGGUGCACCAGUCAUUCAGCCAGUUCUCUAAUGUGCAACACAGUACCAGCAUCUAUAGUGAUAUCCCUAGCUGUGUUAAUAAUCUUAUCAUCUUUGAUUGCACUAAUUGGCUCUUCCUUAAUCGAGAGUAUGCAGGGCAUUCUACAGCGGACAGGUGCUGAGAAGUCAAAAGGGUUAUGGUCAAAAGGAUUAGGACCAAAAGGGAUAGGGGUAAUAGGAAUACUGUUAGUUAUAGGAAAUGGGUUACAUGUAUUCAGUCUAUUAUCCAGUAGUUUCAUAGAGGAGGAGCACCAGACAUGGUACUUUUUAACCACAACAUUACAUCUAACUAUUUUAGCGUGUGUAUUAAGGACGAUGCUUCCUCUGUCAUCAAACUUUCUGUCACAUCAUGAUUCAGUUUCAUCAGCACCUAUAAUGUCAUCACCUUUACCCGAUUCUACCCCAUUAAGAUACAACCUGAGAAACCGUAAUGCCAAACUACAAAAGAAUACUCAAGCUAGGACCUAUGAUGAAAUAGAUGCAACUCAAUGCCGUCAAACGAUUGUGAAUAAUCGUACAUACAAUGCUUUAGAUGACAGUUGUGAGUUGAAAGAAAUUAGCUUAACAGAAAAUACCACUAGGAACUGCAGGACCCCUAGUGUAAAAGUGGUAUUCUGUGGAUGUCUAAUGACAUUAUGUGGCCGUGUCAUGAGGGUGUGGAAUCAGACAGGAGACAAGUGGAGACAUCUACCUGAUGUCGGAGAUUGGCUUGUCAGGCCAGAAAACCAAGGUAUCCUAUCAUACUCUGCUAUGGGAGGUUUGUGUUUGAUCUGGGCCCUUAGACAGAGGUACCACUCUGCUGUUGGCAAGAUGAUGCUCAUGGGAGGAUGCUCAAUGGUCUACUUGUUUAGAGCCUGUCAAGGCACUCUGUUGGCACCCUAUGAGUAUGAUGGAGCUCCCUCAAAGGGGGUGAAUGAGGCUAGAUCUGUCUUUGUAAUCAUGGCAGUCCUCCUAGUGAUAGGCUGGCGGCAAAGAAAACAUCACUAUAUCUACGAGGCCUUACUCUCAGUCUGGCUGCUCCUGAUGUGUCUACUGCUGAGGCCACAUAAUAUUCCAAUAGUGGCCCUAAGUUGUAUCCAGGAGUCCUGUCUGCGUGCCAUUUUGCCUUACAUAAGUACCUCACUUCCACUGCUGACUCUGGUUUAUCAUUGGAUGGGCCAGGCAUCUUUCUUCUAUCAGGGCAACUCCAACAGUAUAUCAACAGUAGAUGUAUCUGCAGGGUAUGUCGGACUAGACUCCUACUCCCCCUCUGUUAUUGGUGUGCUAAUGGGGGUUAGCACAUAUGCUGGACCUCUAUUCUGGAUGUUGGCCCUGCUGUGUACGCAAACCAGUCUGUCUCAGGAUAAAUCUCAGAAGUGUACUCAAAAUUAUAACUCCCCACACGAUUAUCUUGUAAUAGGUCUUACCUUGACAAUGUGCCGAACAAUGACUCUAUGUGUAUUCACAGUCCUAGCUACUCUCCAGAGAUACCACCUGUUUGUGUGGACUGUGUUCUCACCUAAACUACUCUAUGAGGCCAUGUUCACAUUGGUUAUAGUGCUAGUGACAUUGUUGUAUGCCAUUUGUGCCUGGGUUAGCUGACAUGUGUGAAUUGGCAUAGGAGUAUUCAAUGCUACAAGAAUCAUCAAAGUACAGGCUGGGCCAAAAAAUAUUACCCAUUUUGAAUGUCCACGAUUAUAAGGCUAAAUUUUUGGCUCACCCUGUAUAAGAGGUUGACUCAGUGUUUCACACUAAAUUCCACACAAAUAUAAAAUUCAUUUUUAUGUCCCAUAUAUAUAUUUUUAUAUAAUUGUUAGUGAAACAGACUUUUUGAAAACGUGAAUUUUCUUCACAAAAUUAAUAGCAUUCAAAAAUACUGAGAGUAAAGUAUUUGUUCUUUUGAUUAACCUCUUGACUACCCAAAGUCACACCGAUUUUAGAACCUGGGAUUCAAGAGGUUAAAGAAGCUGUGUAGAAUUUUGCAAAACACAUGUGGUGAGUUCUAAGAGUAAGAGGACCAAUACAAUGAUUAUCUGAUUGAGGUUCUUGAAAGUAUUUCACAUCUUUCACACAUUCGCCAUCUAUACUGGAAGAACAAAUUAAAAUAAAUAUUUUGAUUCAUUUUUAAAUAAAAUUCUAUUU